GAUUCCAAACAAACCCGCAAGCCGGUAAAAUGCCUCAAGAGUUGCGUGUUGUUCGCUGUUUUCAGUGUUUAAAAUAUCAGGUGGAUAUUGUCAAAAAGGCCAACAAAUGGGUGUGUAAGCUUUGUGGCGUCAAACAAUCACUGGCGCGAGAAUUCUUCCGCGGAUCUGGCAAAGAUUGCCGAAGCAUGGUACAGCAAUUAUCGAUGCGUAACUUUGAGAUGGAUCAACAAGAAGCGGAAGUGACUAAACUGGUUCUUCAAAAUAAAAUACAGCUCGCUAAACCGCCUUUGGAGAGAGACCCGACAAAUUGCUAUGGGGCAAGUAAUGAAACACCCCAGGGGCCAAGUAAAUGGGAAACGUUUUUGACAAAGGAAACAGACGAUCUGUCUGAUACUGUAUGUUCGUCGGAAUCGUUGGAAAGCGUAUCAAGUACGACAUUCGACCGAGAACGGAUUAAUAAUCCGGUGAAUAGCUUAGUGGAAAAAGGUGCAAGAGAAUGGAAUUACCAGCAAAGGAAAGGAGAAUAUUUGUUUGAUAAUGAGGAAAGGCGGUCUUCAAACUUAGAUAAAUAUCCUUCAUCAAGGAGUAAUUGGGCCAUUGAGCAAAAGAAACCUUUGUUCAACCCUAUUCGUACAGCGAGCAACGCAAAGAUCAACACAUUCUUCAACAGCACAUGUGCUAACAAACAAAGCACGGAUUGUAGCAGAAAUGAAUCAAUGGCAAUUCCUAGUUUCCAUCGCAAAGAAAAUACUACCAGACGAACCUUUCCAAAUCCUACGAAAAAAAUCGUGUCUCAAGCAAGUACUGCUCCGAAAAUUUCAACUUCUGAAACUCCCAGCUCAUCAGGAAGCUACAAACCACCGGAGAUGCCCCGCAAGAGAAAAUUUUCAGAUGUGUUUGCAACUCCGCUAAUGAAUUUUGGAAAGCGUACUGUUGUCGAGAGUAAAUUAGCACCUUCCGUUGAACCGUUAGCAAAUAUUAAUGACACGAAAUCUCAAACAGAAACCAAACCUGCCAGUGUGUCCUCUAAAUGGGCAAAAUAUCUUCCAGAAGAUGAUGUGACGAAUGAAAAUACAGACAACUUCAUCAUUUUUUGAACGAAAAAUCGGCGCAGCAAAUCGUGAACCACAUUCGAAAAGCAGCAGGCAUUUAUUUUACAUUCGUUAGAGAAUCCAAAUGUAAAUUAUCAAACAAAUUAUAACCGUUGUAACAAACAUCCCACCAUACAUCACGUACUUAUCCUCGACGAGUCUUCGUUCGAUCAUUUUCAUCGUUUGGUUCGACAGUCCGAGCGUAUUGCCGACGUCCAGUAUUCGCUUUCGUGCUCCCUUUAGCGUUUCGCGCUGCGAUCGCAAACCGUCCAACACAUUCGAUCCCGUCCAGAUCAUUUCAUCCACACCUCGGUGUGCAUUUUGCAUCGAGUUGUGGUGCUGCAAGGAGUAAUCGAUGUCGAUCGACGUUUCCGUAUUUGCGGUGAAUCGUUUGUUGA